UAAGGAAUUAUUUAAAGACGAAGAAGAAGACGAAAGAAGAACAGAGUUACAGAGGUGGUGAUGAAAGAAAUCCAUGCUUCUCUUUUACAAAACUGCCAAAACAUUACCACCUACCAUUGUUGAAUGUUCAGUCCCUACUUUCAUCUUCUUCCUCCUCUUGCCCACCAUUUCUCAGACUUCCAUGUGCUUGCAGGUUCCUUCAGCUUCAAUUAAGGGUUUUCUUCUUCUUAUCUCUCUAAAACGAGAUAGAUAUUUAAGAGCUUUUCCUCUUACCCUCCGUUUCGCCAGUUGAACCAUACCCAGAAAGGAAAUGUGUUUGAAACUGACAAAUUUGUUGAUUUCAGUCUUUAUUACACUCAUUUUCAAAAGAUUUUGAAAAAAAAGAAGAAAAAACAGAUCUAGGGUUCUUUAUCUCUCUUCUCAUUCAGUAUCACCGGAAGCCGCUCUUCCUCAAUACGAACAAGAAAAAGAAAAGAUGUCGACAGAUCUGCAAACUGAAUUAUCAAAGAGAACCCAGAUUUUCAAUCUUAAGUUAUGGGUUUUGAUUGGAAUACUAAUCGGGUUGUUAACUAUACUCCUCCUUUUACUAAUAUCAGUUUGCCUUGCUUUAACGAAAAAAUCCAAACCUAGACUUCCAAUCAGUCAAAUCCCAGCUGAAUCCAAAGAAAUCAAAGAAAUAAGAAUCGAUCAAGCUUCAGCCAACAAUAAUCAUGAUUCCCGUUUCUCCCAUGGCGAUUCAGAUGCACAAGUGAAGAAGAAAAAUAUGAUGAUGAUGAUGAUGAACAAUGCAGAUAAUAAUAGCAGCCAUUCAGGCUGUUCCUCCAAUACUUUAGAAGAUGGUUCUUACUCAGGAGAAAAAGCUAUUGAAUUAUAUUACAAACCUUCAAGUCCUAUAACUGCUCCUUCCCCAUUAAACGGCUUACCUGAAUUCUCUCGAACCGGAUGGGGUCAUUGGUUCACUCUAAGAGAUCUCGAAAUCGCGACAAACCGAUUCUCAAAGGAAAAUGUCAUCGGAGAAGGAGGAUAUGGAAUUGUCUACCGUGGCCAUCUGAUAAACGGGACUCCUGUGGCAGUCAAGAAACUCCUUAACAAUCUGGGACAAGCAGAGAAGGAGUUUAAGGUUGAAGUCGAGGCCAUUGGUCAUGUUCGUCACAAGAACUUAGUUCGGCUUUUAGGAUACUGUAUAGAAGGAACACAAAGGAUGCUGGUUUACCAGUAUGUAAACAAUGGAAAUUUGGAACAAUGGCUUCAUGGUUCGACAGUUGAGAAACAGUAUCUAACCUGGGAGGCUCGUAUGAAGAUCAUACUGGGCACUGCUAAGGCGCUGGCAUAUCUGCACGAAGCAAUUGAACCGAAGGUGGUCCAUCGCGAUAUUAAGUCUAGCAACAUAUUGCUAGAUAGGGAUUUCAAUGCUAAAAUAUCUGAUUUCGGGCUUGCAAAAUUGCUUGGAGCUGGAAAGAGUCAUGUUGCAACAAGAGUAAUGGGUACAUUCGGGUAUGUAGCUCCAGAAUACGCAAACAGCGGGCUUUUGAAUGAGAAAAGCGACGUUUAUAGCUUUGGAGUGGUUAUUUUGGAAGCAAUCACGGGGAGGGAUCCAGUGGAUUAUAGUAGGCCAGAAUAUGAGGUAAAUAUGGUUGAGUGGCUGAAAACUAUGAUUGGUAGUAGAAGAACUGAAGAGGUUAUUGAUCCGAAGAUUGAGGAUAAACCAACGUCAAGUGGCUUGAAACGGGCUCUUUUGACCGCGUUGAGGUGUGUUGAUCCGGAUGCAGAGAAGAGACCAAAUAUGGGUCAAGUUGUUCGUAUGCUUGAAUCAGAGGAAUAUCCCUUACCAAGAAAGGAUAGAAGGCGGGGGCGAACAAAGGAGAAAACAGUAGAAGCGACUGAGGAGUCGACCGAGAGGGAAAACUCUGAUACGGACAAGAGUGAUGGCCCGGUUUUGAAAUCGGAGGACAGAAGCCAUCACCAUCACCACCGGACAGUCAUAUGAUUUGGUCCGGCAGCUUACAUUAUUCCAAAUUGUUUUUCUUAGUGCAAAAUUGGAUUUUCAAUUUUCUUUCUUUGUUUAUUUUAGUGAAUUUGAAAUUGAAAAUUAACUCACCAAGGAUUAGUGGUAUUCCAUGUAAAUAUAUAUGUUCGGAUUUUAACAUUUUUAGCUAUUUGAAUCAUUCAAAAAAAUCAGAUAUUUUAUU